CAAUAAGGAGGUGGGUUAUGUAUGUUUGUUUGUGUAUUGAAAGUGACAUAAUUACUGAACCUAUUGAAUGACUCUUCUCAAUACCAUCAGUUACAUCAUCAGGGUGAGAUGAAUGCUCUUAGACAGUUCAUAAUCCCGUCCGGCGUGACAAGAAAAACGUUAGAUAAUGAAAAAAAAGCAUGGUUUUAUCGAUUUUUAUAAAUAAUUAAAGAGAAAAUCUCUCAAAAGAUCUACCAGGGGUUUUCAAAGUUGAACUAAACACAAACAGUUUACCGUUUGUCACAACUCUUCACGUAUAGCAUCAAUGUGCUUUCGUGAACGGAACACUGGAUACUGUCUAAGUUUAAUUUAAACUAACAACAGCUAUUAGCUAAAAAGCUCUAAUACAUAACAAGCUUUAAUACAUAACAUAACGAUCAAAUAACCUACUAGGUAUAUCUCAAUCGACCCCGACUUCACGAUUCCUCUAACAGCGAAUGUUUUAUAACUUAGAGCGUAAUAAAAGUGUCUUAAAAGAUCAUAUUUAAGUGUAAUAUUGAACUGUUAGAAGUAGCACAAAACGUCUGAGCUACAUUUUUUAACAAAAAAUACAAACUAGUCCAAACUCCAACGUGACAAUAAGGUCGAAGCUUGUUCAAUAACAAAACUAACGCGUCCACAGCGGACAGUCGACGGGCGACGGCCGGGGAUUACAUUAUCAUUCUUAUUACAACAGUCUUGAGAUUAAAUUAGAUCGAAUCCCACUUAACUGACGGUUAAACCUUCUCAAUGUCGCAUCUGUGUCACAGUUUAGACCUUAUUACAGCGGACGAAGGCUCAAUAUCGCUUGUCUUGAUCCAGUAAAAGUUAGAUUUGUGUUAUUUAUUUUUCUCCAGGGGUAAAACACGCAUUCCACUUUCCACGGUCAAGUGCGCCGUAGUGUUGCCAGCUUGUUCCGAUCACCUUGAAAUAGUGUAUUAAUAUUGACGAUUAUAAAGUAAAUUAAUUUAUUAAUAAAAGCCGUUUUUCUGUACACUUUUGUUAAUAUUUUUUUCCGUUAAUAGUAACCAUCGACCUCUGUGUGUUGUGCAACAUAGUAAUUACUUUAAAUACAUUUAACUGCGUACUAGGCUGUUCUAAGUGACCACGAUAGUCAUGUGCUAAUUAUUACCUUAACAGCGGCAACCCUGAGCCUCCGAGUGAGUUUGUCCCAGUACAGCGUCGUUGCGGCUAGUCGGAGGAUACAAUCUGAUGGCUCUACUGACUCGUGUGUUGAGGCGAGCGACGCCUUACCUCCACCACACCAGGCCGGAGUCCACAGUGGCCAGUUUCACCAAGGAUGAGAUCCUGAUACUGCUGAGACCACCUUUCACGAACUGGAGCAACAUCAUCCGCGAGGCGGAGAAAGUUGUCGGCUAUCCCACUUCCUUCAUCAACCUGAGAUGUCUCCUCAGCGACGAGUUCUCCAACCUGGCUCUGUACUUAAGGAAGCUGGUUGGUAGCAACCAUCUCGUGAUGCAAACAGCAAAGAACGUCCUCUACGGAGACACGAAGAACCUUCAACCGUGGGGUCUGGUCAUCUCGCUGCUGUCGAAGUCGGUGAAGUCGUCCACGACUCCCGAACACGUCUACAACCAGCAGCGCCAACUAGCGGAGCUCACAGAGAUGAUGCGGACAGGCCAUCUCAUCCACAGAGGCAUCGUCAACGUUCCUUUUGCGAAGCGAUCCAAAAGCACUGAAUCGGCAAUAUUUGGUAACAAAAUCGCGAUACUCCUGGGCGACUUCCUCCUCGUGACUGCGAACUCGAUGUUGGCGAACCUGAAGGACCCGGAUGUCCUGUACAUCGUGUCCACGGCGUUACGAGAUCUAUCAGAGAGCGAAUUUUUCGGGGAACGAGACGAGCAGAACAUGCCGCUGCCUGGUAAACCGAAGAAAACGAUCGAGGAGUUGGAUAUAUCAUUCGAUACGAGCACCAUCGAGGCUAGCGAUGUUUUGGGGAAGCCGAGGAAGGAGUGGACCACUAGAACGGUCUACAAUGGCGUCAGUCUCCUGGGCAGGGGUUGCCAAUCGGCCAUGCUGAUCGGCAAACAGAACAGAGACAUUCAGAACUAUGCUUAUCACUUCGGCUGCCACGUGGGUUUAGCUUGGCAGGCUGCCACUGAACUCCAGAGACUGACAUCCGAGAAGGGUCAGUUUUGCUUGGCCAGCGCUCCCGUACUCUUCGCUUUGGAGGGCAAUCCGGACUUAUAUAAAAUUAUCGAUCAAGCAAAAAACGACGUAAACGACGUCGACUACGAGGAUCUCAAGUUUAACAUAUUGAAAACUGACGCGAUCGACAAGACGAGAAUGCUUUACAGAGAUCACGCGAGCAAAGCCAUGGCCUUCAUAGAUAACAUCGGACGAAACGAAUCCACUGAGAUGAUCAGGAAGCUGGUUUACACAUUUUAAAACUAACACCUCAGUGUAACUUCUAAGACUGAAUUAAAAUUAAAGAAAUUAAUCAAUAAUAGUUAUAAAUAACUAGAGCUAUGUGUAAGCGAAAUAUAUUUUAAUGUGUUAACUACCUUUAUCUGAUUAUAUUUCAUUUAAAAGCUUUACUAUAUUUCAUUAAUAUAUAAAUGUCUUAAGACUGUAGCGAGCGCUCUGAGACGCUUUGAAGUAUUUUCCCUCGGUUCCUGUGGCCCUACGUGGUUCACGUUCAUAGAGAUGCAACAUUUACUGUAGCUAUAGGUAAUUAGAGUUAUUUUUAUUUAUUUAUUUUUUUAGUCCUUACUUAAGUUAAUUUAUCUGCAAAUAAUAUAAUAAAAUAAAAUAUAACCUUAA